AUGGUUGACGAUGAGACGGAAAAAGUUAAAGGAUUUGCAAAGGACUCCACUGUACCUUUCAGAGAAAGACUAAAGAUCUUGGCUGGGGUAGUAAAUCAUAAGGAUAUCGGUCGGAGUUCUGCUGAUAGAAGUUUGUACAUGCAUAUAAUGACAAACCAGUUCUUUCACGCCCCUCGCACAAUUUUUACAAGAGUAUCAAGUGACUGUAAAGGUGUCCAGCAGCUGUCUUGCCCACAACCAAGCGAACAACCUGAAGUUGGCUAUAGUAUAGUACUUCCACGCGGCUAUACUAGAAAAGGAAAGGAUAAAGUAGUCGUCAACACGCAUGCAGGGAGAGGUCGAAAGAAAGGUCUCUUGGAGCUUUAUAACUGGCUUCAAGGGCAUCUUCCAGCUAAUAUGACAGUGGACCAUGAAAUGUAUUUUGUAGAAUGUGUUGACUUUGCCAAAUCCUUCAUCCAACAGUAUAUCAAAGAGGAUGAUGUAUUAUUCAAAGUGCUCUUGCAUCUGCUUUGUGUACCUUGUUGUGCAGAACAGGAUGAAAAGGAAAAGGUUGCAUUGGAGGAUUGGAAUGGCAAUUUACUUUUCCGUGUCUCAGAUCUUUUCAAUCCUGUACUCUUGUUCCAUCUUUUCCUAUUAGAGUUGAGCUAUGACCAUCCGGUGCUUCUUGAUUACCUUAUUUCAAAAGAUACCGGAAUCAUGGGUGGGCAAGCUACAAAUCAAUCAUUUUGCAAGAAAAGAAAAGUUUCAUUGGGUGGCUUGAGUUCCUGGGGAGAGGAUUCUCUUGCACCAACAAAAAAUCAUCUUACAUUUCUUGAUGAUGAACCUGAUGAAGAAACUGAAAAUGGCUGCAAGCACACCCAAAAUGGAGGACAGUAUUUCAAAGAAGCCAAAGAGUGCUUACUUUCACUUAAAAUUUCUAUUGAAGGUCUACACCAAAAGAAUCUGUUUCCCUACAAUCCUAAUGUUCUUCUGAACCGCUUAACAAGAUUUCAGGAACUCUGUUUUGAGGAAGAGAAAUAA